ACCUUGUGAACUGUGUGUGAUACACAAACGGCGCUCGUCGCUCGCCGAGUACGCCCGCGUCGCCCGAUUACCGCCGAACGCGCUAUUUGUUGGGCCCCUGCACCGACACUCUGCACACAGGUGUCGGCAGACGACCAGCCCUUCCGCUGUUGGCUGAGCGCGGGCCUCCAACCGCGGUUUCUCCGGCCCUCUGCGCUUCACACAUUUGUCGACCUCUGAGAGUCUCAAUGUUUAUAAACAGCCGGCAUCGAUCUUGAUGACACGCUGAACACUUAUCGAUGCCGAGCCGGCGUGGCCGGGAGGAGACUUCAUGUAGACGGCGGCCGGACACCACAUCGCCACCUUGUGAUUAGGCUUAAUAUGGACAGUUAAGUGUUAACCUAACCGCAGUGCGUGGUAAAUAAUAAGGCAUGCUGUCUUAUAUGUUGCCCGUGGAAGAUAAGCCACCGCCGGUUCCAGGGAAGAGUCGGCUCGCCUUGGAGCUGGCUGACGCUCCGGGGAGCCCAGAGUCCACCGCAAGACGAGCCAAGACAUACAUCUCAAAGGACUCUUCCUCAAGUUCGUUCGCGAGCGACCUCACUGUGUCAUCUUCCACUCCGACCGGAGCGUUUGACAAACCAAAACAUAAGCUGUUGAGUAACGGAACUAAACACACUUCACUUAAAAGGGUGUCAUUUGGAAGCUCUAAGGGUUCAAUGGUGGAGACACUAAUAUACGAGAGUCCCCUCCAAGAGGAACCAGAAAGCAGUCCGCCGGCAGUACAAGAGACGUCGUUUUCUUAUACUCCUGUAGAAGAAGAUUGGGAACGGUCGAAGGUGCGAGUGUCGUUCUACCAGGGGGCGCGGCCUCAGUGCGUGUCGCCGCCGCCGCAGGACGUCCACAUCCCAGACAUGGCCGAUCAUAUCAUGUACAAUCGACAGAUAAGCACUGAAAGUGGAUGGGAUAAUCCAUUCCGGCCCGACGGCGACCUCAGCAGGGAGGCCGACGAGAUCGUGUCGCUGAUCAAAGGCGGCAAGCCCAUCACGCCCACGCCCGCCGGCCCGGCGCUGAGCCCGGACCACGACCAAGACGCAAACAACCAUAAUGCAAAUCAGUUGGAAGAGACAAAGACAAAAGUAAGUCCAGUGCAAAGUGCGCCAAAACUGCUGAACGGAACGAAAAACGGCGCCGCGGGCGAAGUGAAGUCCGGGCACGUGGAGGUGCAGCGGUCCCCCCCACAGGAGCCCCAGCAGCCCGAGCACGUGACCAUCAAGAAGAAGCCGAUGUGUAAGUGCUGCGUCGUGCAGUAAGUCGCUCGCCACACGGCAUCCGGCAUCGGUAACACACAGCUUAUUGUCACUACUCUCACUAUGUCGCGGUCGGUGUUAUUCGGUGCUAUCGUUUGCUCUCCUCUAUAUAUUAUGUACUCUGAAACAUAGUUCUGUGCUCAUUCUAAUCGAGAUUCAUAUUCCUGACAUUUUAAAAAUCCUCGUUGUUGGACUUGCAUUUUCCGUUGUAUAUUUUUAUAAAAUAGCUACUUUUCUGUAAAACACGUGAUAGGCUACAAAGUUUUUACUGUAACUAGUCUGGCUACAUAUAUACAAUAUAUAUAUAUCGUGUCUAUUUAAUAACUUAAUAAAACAUAAUAUUAUGAUAAGGGAUGUCAUUUUAUUGAUGAUUGUGUGAGAUUAGAAUCUCAAAAAAUAAAAAAUAUAUCAAAUCAGAGAGAGCUCUAAUGAAUUAAAAUAAAAGUUAUUUAAAGAGAAAGUUUUAUAUUUGAUCAGAUUAACAGAACAAUAUUUAAUUGUGAGUUGGAGAUACCUGAACUUUUAAUAAUGAUAAUUUAUUUAACAGACUGUUGAUAAGUUAAAUCUGUGUUGAAUAAUAUUUAGAAACAUAGUAGUAAUGUACCUAUAUUUUUAUAUGUUUAUUUAUGAAAGUAUUAUCAGUAAAAUAGUAUUGAGACGGUAUCAGGUGUUUGUUUGUUUGUUUGUUUGUUCCCCUUGGCUACUCAGUAAGCACUAUCCGAGUAUGAUAUCUUUCGUCCACUAGUGCUACAUAUUAUAAUGUUAGGUGGUGCUGCAGUCUCCCGCUAGUUUAUAUUUCGUAGAUGUUAGUGUCCCCCGGGUGUCAUGUCCGCGAGGGUAGAACACUACUUGGCUUUCAUUCAGAUCUCCCAUGUUCAAAUAUUGGAAACAAACCAUCUUAAUGGACAAUUAUGUACAAAGUUAAUUCUGCUAAUGUCAGCAUCUCAAUAGCAUUCUUGUGUAUUUGUUUGCUUCUUUAUAGAACUAUGUCAGCAAACUGUGAUUAUUUUAACAGACUAUUAACGGUAUUUAAGUAAAUCUAUUGAGAUUAAACAAGUCCUUUAAGUGGAUGUGUAUCCUUAAGUAGAUAGAUAGGUGAAUAGAAUCAUUACAUUAAGUUACAUAUUAUUAUUUAGAUUGUUUGUUAUUAGCUAUUAUUUGGAUUCGUUUUAGAGUUAUGGCGAUAAUCAAUAUAAUAUUGACUCAGGCGAUGUGUCUCUAGUAUAUUAAUAAGGUAGGCACACUACAUCGCUUUAUUUUGUUCGUCAUUUGAUGUUUUGUACAGUUCAGUACUUUAUAUGAACCAUAACAAUUAUUGUUUAGUUGUAUGACGUUAUUAUUGAUGCGAUUAUUAUAUUAAGUAAUUAAUAUAUUCGCGAAUCAAGCUUCUAGCUGGCUCUGUGUCUAUUUGCGAAAACUGUUUGUUACUUACAGAUUAAUUGUGAAGCAUAUACAAAUAGUAAGUGUUUGUUUAUUGUUUAAGUGCAACCGUUUCAGCACAAAUAUUUAUUAUGUAUGUGUCUUAACAAAGAGAGAAGCUUCGGAUCGCUGUAACCUCUUUUGUAUUUGUUCUAAUGCCUCUCGUCGAUGAUUGCGUGUAACAAGAGAUGUGUUCAGAUAAUAAGUAACCAGUCGCGGCGUCGCGAACGAUCGAUAGUGAUCGACAUUUGUCACCGGCUACUUGAUCGCUUCUAUCAUAAGUUAGCUGUGAGUGAGACGCCAGUAUGUUCCUCAAUAAUGUGUUUUAUUUGUCAGUAAAACAUUGUCAUUAGGGAACUAUAUCUAUGUUACAGGCUUACAUUUGUAUCGUUUCAUUUUCUUCCAUUACAUUCAUGUUUCUAUUAGCUUCUUUUUUUUCCAAUAAUUAUUUAAAUUUAUGUUUGAAGAAAUAUUAAAUGACAUAUUUGUAUAAAAUAUUUACUUUCUAUUAUGAUUGUCUAUCAAUGAGUAUGUACAAAUUUAUUAAUUGUAAUUUUAUUUUAAAUAAAUAUAUAAAGCCUU